UUUUGAAUAAAGAAGAGCAAAAAUUGACAACUUAAAAACUAAUUUUCCUGAUAUUUUCCAGAGGAAAUUAAGAAACUACAGCAAGAUAUCCUUCCAAAUGUUAAGGAUAAGAUUAAGAAACUACAACAUGUCAUUCCUCCAAAUGUUAAGGAUCUUCAUGAAAAACAAUUACUACAAUGGAGAGAAGAAGAUGAGAUUUACAGUGAAACUCACACUUUCCAGGAAAUGCUGAACAAAGUCAGGGGACAACCUUAUAUGACAUUUGUUGGAGUCCCGGGGUCCGGAAAAUCAGCAACAAUUCAUCACAUAGCCCUGAUACUCCAGGAGGAAGGAUACGAAGUUAUACCUAUUAUGGACAUUAGUGAGAUUUACCGUUAUUGUGACUCUCGUAAUCAUCAGGUGUUUGUCAUUGAUGAUGUGGUAGGUGUGUUGGGUCUUCAAAAGCAAAAGUUAGAGACUUUAGUUGACUAUGAAAAAAUUAUUUCAGAUCCUAUCAAACGUACAAAGGUACUGAUGUCAUGCAGGGAAGCAGUGUUUAAUGAAUGUUACAAAUCAUUUUUCCUGAAUGAGGAAAACAUAGUCAAAAUGUUUAGUUCAGAAAAUACAUUGAAUGACGACGACAAAAAAGCCAUUCUUCAGAAGCACGGCUUGGAUAAAGAUUUAUUGUCCCCUUCAUUACUGAGAGAAGUAUCGGCGAUGUUUCCUCUAUUGUGUAAACUUUUCUCAAAAGAGGAGAAAUUUAGAAACGAUGUUGAAAGAUUUUUUACCUGUCCAGCUGGAUAUAUUUUAGAGGAAUUAGAUAAAAUGAAAGAACAAAAUAGAUUACAGUAUGCUACGUUGGUCUUAUGCCUGUUAAAUGACAACAAAAUAUCAAACAAAAUAUUAAAAGACACAGGAAAUAAAACUUUCUGUGAAAUGAAAUCAAAAGCAUUAGAACUCUGUAAAGUUAAGAGUUAUACCGACGCUUUUGAAUUUGUUGAUGCAUUAUCAGUAAUGGAGGGGACUUACACAAAACUCUGUGGUACUGAGUACACAUUUAUUCAUGACUCCAUGUUUGAAAUAAUUGCUUAUCAUUUUGGUUCUAAAUUCCCAGAUCUCAUUUUACAAUUUAUGAGUAGCAGUUAUAUUGCUAACUCUGUAAAGCUUCAAAAAAAUGAAAUGCUUAAAUUAGAGAAUGAACAAAAGCAAGCAAGUGAAAAUGACGCAAUCAACAGUGAGAGUAAAAAUGAAAAGAACAUUGCUUGUAAGAAGGAGGGUUUUAUUAUAAGUGCUGAAAACGGUGAUAGAAUGGAGUCAUUUGAUCUCUGCAUAAGGAUAGGGAAGGAUCAGUAUUCUAUGUUAGCAGAGCGUUUAUACAGGGAUAUAGAAAAUAUGGAGCUGUAUGAUGUUUUUAUGAAUAAUAUUUUGAAACACUCUAAGGUAUGUGAAGCUUUUAUUGAGGUGUUAAAGACAAAGCCCUACACAGAGUUAAAGUCUUUAUUUCUGUCUGUACAGAAAGAUGUGUCUAAGGUAGUGAGUAAAGGAAAGCGUGUGAGGGAGGGGAUUGAGAAGAGGGAUAAGAGAAGCAGGGAGUGGAGCAGACAGAGGGUACUGGUGAAUGCGAAGUAUGAUAAUAAAGAAAUAACAUACAUGUAUAGUGUGAGGGUUAUCAGUUGUGUAGUUUACUACGGACACAAUAAGAUUUUAGAAUAUAUUUUAGACCAAACUGAUUCGCACAAAGAAACGCAGUUUGAGUUCUUUUUGAAUUCUUUUAACCUUACUUUAAUUUAUUCAACAAAACAAAUGGAAAAGAAUACUGCAGCAAAUAAUCAAAUAGAAAAUUUAUGGACAUUUACAGACCUGGACAUUGAUGGAUCCAUAUCUGAACAUCAGCGCUUAGUUUUGCUGAGCUGUUACAAUGGAGAUUUAGAAACUGUCAGAAUAUGUAUUAAAUAUAUGAAGAGAAAUACAAUUUAUAUGACAUUUCCAGGUAUAGAUUUUAAAUAUGUAUUGGGUGACAAAGCACUUGAGGCCUCGUGUGAGGGUGGGCAUCUGAGUGUAGUGAAGGAGCUGGUAGAGGCAGGGGCUGAUGUCAACCCACAGGGUGUUGAUUAUACACCACUGACUACAGCUUGUAAAGGUGGAUAUACAAGUAUAGUGAAGGAGCUUAUAGAAGCCGGAGCUGAUAUCAAUCGAUCAGGUGUGUAUUGUUUUCAUUUUACACCACUGACAGCAGCUUGUAAGGGUGGAUAUAUAGGUAUAGUGAAGGAGCUGCUCGGGGCAGGGGCUGAUGUCAAUCGACAAGGAAAGCAUGGAAUAGGAAAAGAAACACCAUUAACAGUCGCGUGUGAGUGUGGACAUUUUAAUAUAGUAAGAGAGCUGCUAGAGGCAGGGGCUGAUAUGAAUCAAAAAGGAGGGUAUGGUACGCCAUUGACAGCUGCAGGUAAGGGUGGCCAUCUAAAUAUAUUAAGAGAGCUGCUUAUGGCAGGGGCUGAUGUAAAUCUACAAGGAAAGUAUGAUACACCAUUGGUAGCUGCAUGUGAUGGUGGACAUCUAAAUAUACUAAGAGAGCUGCGUAUGGCAGGGGCUGAUGUUAAUCAACAAGGAAAGUAUGAUACACCACUGACAGCAGCAUGUAAGGGUGGACAUAUAAAUUUAGUGAAGGAACUCAUGGAGACAGGAGCUGAUGUCAAUACACACGGUUAUAUAGAUACGCCUUUAACAGCAGCAAUUAAAAGUGGAAAUAUGAUUAUAGUGAAGGAGCUGCUUAGGGCAGGGGCCGAUGUUAAUCCACAAGAUAAGUUUGGUACACCACUGAUAGCAGCAUGUGAAGGUGAGCAGGAGAAUUUUGUGAAGGAGUUGCUAGAUGCAGGGGCUGAUGUUAAUCUACAUAGUACACAUAAAACUCCACUGAUAGCAGCAUGUUAUGGUGGACAUAUGAGUAUCGUGAUGCAGCUGUUAAAGGCAGGAGCUGAUGUCAAUCUUCAGAUUAAAUCUUGUACAUCACUAAUAGCAGCAUGUUGGGGUGGACAUGAAGGCGUAGUGGAAGAGAUUGUUAAUGCAGGGGCUGAUGUCAAUUUACGUGGUACAUGUAAUUAUUAUAACUCACUGAAAGUGGGUGUAGGAAAGGUGUUCAGAAAGUUAUUUGAUAAAGAAUCUUAUUCACCACUAACAUUAGUAUGUGGUGGUGGAUACAUGAGUGGAGUUAAAACUCUGCUUAAGGCAGGCGCUGAUGUUAAUCCUCAGGGUGAAUAUUUAACACCACUAAUAGCAGCAAUUAAGGGUGGAUAUAUAAGUAUAAUAAAGGAGCUGCUAAGUGCAGGAGCUGACGUAAAUCUACAAGGUAAGCAUAAAACACCACUGAUAGCAGCAUGUGAUAGUAAAAAUAUGAAUAUUGUGAUGCAGUUGUUGAACAGAGGGGUUGAUGUAAAUCUACGUGGAAAGGAUGAUACACCACUGGUAGCAGCGUGUAAAUAUGGACAUGUGGUUGUAGUGAAGGAGUUACUACAGAAAGGGGCUAAUGUUAAUCUACAAUGUAAGCAUAAAACACCACUAACAGUAGCAUGUGAUAGUGGACAUAUGAAUAUUGAGUUGGAGUUGAUGAACGCAGGGGCUGAUGUAAAUCUACAUAAUGGAUUUCACACACCAUUGACAGCAGCAUGUGCGUAUGGACAUGUAGGUGUAGUAAAGGAGUUACUACAGAAAGGGGCUGAUGUCAAUCUACACGGAAAGCAUAAUACACCACUGACCCUUGCAUGUAGGAAUGGAUAUAUGAGCAUUGUGGUGGAGCUGCUUAAGGCAGGGGCUGAUGUUAAUCUACAAGGAAAGUAUAAUACACCAAUGACCGUAGCAUGUAACAGUGGAUAUACAAGUAUUGUGAUGGAGCUUAUAAAGACAGGGGCUGAUGUCAAUCUACAAGGAGAGUGUGAUACACCACUGACGGCCGCAUGUGAAAGGGGGCAUAAACGUAUUGUAGUAGACCUACUGAAGGCAGGGGCUGAUGUCAAUCUACGAAGAAGGUAUGAUUGUAAUACACCACUGACGGCCGCAUGUAAAAAGAGACAUUUGAGUGUUGUGAUAGAGCUGCUGAAGGCAGGAGCUGAUGUCAAUCUACAAGGAAAGUAUGAUACACCACUCAUAACAGCAUGUAGGAAAAAUUAUGUGGUAAUAGCCAAAACACUGCUAGAUGCAAAAAGUGAUGUUAAUAUGCAGGAUAGGUACGGAAAUACCCCUCUCUAUAUAGCUUUUGUAAAUAUAAAUAAAAUUUUCAUCCCUGUUAUACUACAAUUAUUUUAUAUCUAUGGCGCAGACUCAGCUAUCAGUAAUAAAGAAGGUAUUUCAUCAUUCUUCAUUGCAUUAAUUAGAUACAAAACUGGUUCAGUAAAAGAAUUAAUUAGAACUGAGAAAGAAAAUCAGAUAGAUAGAUUGAAAUUACAUUCGUUUGAAUGUUUGGUAAAUAUUAAACACAGUGACGUGAUGACUGAUAGUAAGGAUGAUGUGGUGGUGACACGGAGACGUGUGUGGCGUAUGAAGAGUUGGGGAGAUUUAUAUAAGGAAAUCAUAAGAAGUGAUUGUAAGGGUUUAUAGCAUCUUGUAUAUUUGGGUCUGGAUGUUAAUCAGUGGAUACAGGUGUAUGAUAGUAAUGAUUCUGAUGUAAGACCUCUGUUGUUCACACUGAUUGAUGAGUGUUAUGUUUACGAAAGUUUAGUGAAUAGGGUGAGGUUCCUACUGGAGGCGGGGGUGGACGUCAAUGUCAGAGUGAAGUACAGAGAGUAUGAUUCUGUGUUAGACAGAGAGGGUGUGUCUGUUCUAGAGAGGAUACGACGACUGGUGAGUGAGUGCUGUAAGGAUGAGGGGAAAAGAGAUGAAGUGUUAGAUUACACGAGAGUGAUCAAGGAGGUAAAGAAACAUGUAAGACGAUAUUCUGUGUAGAAAAUUUACAAAACUCCUUAUACUUCUAGUGUAAAGUCUUAAUUACUAUUAGCGUACAUAUAACCCUUUUGUAAAACACAGAAGGGUAAUUGUUUUGAUAGGAUUCAAACGUGUUAUUAAUACUAUAUAUUAUAGGAUGAACAUUAACGUGUAUCGGUUUAUAAAACGGAGAAUUAUUUACUAAGACGUAAUUGGGCGAAAAUAAUAUUUUAUGUGGAUUCAUGUUAUUUGAUUAGACUGGUGAACUUCCGUUUAUAUUUAUCAUUCAAGCUAUUUACACUAAUUUUAAUAAAUAUGUAUUUGAGUAUUUAGAUUUGUGAAUGAUAGAUUUAUAUUUGUUGUUUAUCGUAUUUCAAUGUACAUAAUUAUUUACAUAAGAAAAUUUAGUUUGCAUGUUGUACAUGUUGUUCAAUGUUCAUCCAUUGUUUAACAAAUUUUAAUAAAAUAAUCAAUAUAGUAGAACCAUUUGUUCAAUUCUACUUGGCACUGGGUGAAUAUUUUGAUGUCACGUGUCUUUCCAUUUUUAAUAUCCCCGAAAUCUUUAUUUACCGAAAAUAAGAUGGACUAUUCAUGAUGUCUUGAUGCUUGUGUCACUUUUUCCAAUCUUUUUUUUUAAAUUAAAAAUUAAUUUUUUUUAAUUAUUCGUAU